CUGUGGGCUCGGCGCCGCAUCCGAGGGAGGUGCGGUGUGCUGCAGUGUGAGCACCGCCGCCGGGAGCUGUGAGGGGACCGUGGGCGACUCCGGAAGCCGCGCCAUGGAUCUGGUGAGCUUUGAGGAUGUGGCUGUGCACUUCACCCAGGAAGAGUGGGCUUUGCUGGAUCCUUCCCAGAAGAGUCUGUACAGAGAUGUGAUGCAGGAGACCUGCAGGAACCUGGCUGCGAUAGGAUCUAUAUGGGAAGAACAGAAUAUUGAAGAUGAUUGCAAAAAUUUUGGAAGAUAUCAAAGGCACAUCAUAUCUCAUUCUGAAUAUACUCCAUAUGAGCAUGAGGAAUAUGGAAACAAGCCAUAUGAUUCCAGUUCUCUCACAAGUAUUCAAGGAUACAUGGGUGCUCACACUGUGAAUGGACCUUGUGAAUGUGAGGUAUGUUUAAAAUCCUUUGGUUUCCCAAGUACAUUUGGAAUGUAUCACCAAACUCAAAGUGGAGAAAACUUCUAUGACUACAAGGAAUGUGCAAAGGCUUCUGUUUAUCAUAGUUCAUUUUACACACAUGGAGGAACUCACACUGUAAGAAAAUGUUAUGAAUGUAACCAGUGUGGUAAAGUUCUGAGUUCUUCCAGUUCCCUUCAAAGGCAUGAGAGAAUUCACACGGGAGAAAGACCCUAUAAAUGUAACCAGUGUGGUAAAGCUCUGAGUUCUUCCACUUCACUUCAAAGACAUGAGAGAAUUCACACAGGAGAAAGACCCUAUAAAUGUAACCAGUGUGGGAAAGCCUUUAGAUGCCACAGUGCCCUUCAAUUACACGAAAGAAUUCAUACUGGUGAAAAACCCUAUGAGUGUCAACAGUGUGGGAAAGCCUUUACAUGUCACAGUUACCUUCGAUUACAUGAAAGGACUCAUACCGGAGAGAAACCCUAUGAAUGUAAGCAGUGUGGGAAAGCCUUCAGAUGUCAAACUUCCUAUCAUAGACAUAAAAUUAUUCAUGGUGGAGAAACAUUCUAUGAAUGUAAACAAUGUAGUAGGCUCUUCAUUUACCCCUCUUUACUUCAAAUGCAUGAAAGAACUCACACUAGUGAAAGACCAUAUAAAUGUAAACAGUGUGGUAAAUCAUUCCUUUACCCCUCUUUACUUCAAAUGCAUGAAAGAACUCACACUGGUGAAAAGCCCUACGAAUGUAAGCAGUGUGGUACAGCGUUUAGACAUCACUCUUCCCUUCGACUGCAUGAAAGAACUCAUACAGGAGAAAAGCCCUAUGAAUGUCAACAGUGUGGGAAAGCCUUUACUCGUCACACUUCCCUUCGAUUACAUGAAAUAACUCAUACUGGAGAGAAACCUUAUAAAUGUAAAGAAUGUGGUAAAGCCUUUAGACAUCACUCUUCCCUUCGAUUGCACGGAAGAAUUCAUAGUGGAGAGAAACCCUAUGAAUGCAAACAAUGUGACAAGGCCUUUAUACGUUACAGUUACCUCCGACUACAUGAAAGAACACACACAGGAGAAAAACCUUAUGAAUGCAAACAAUGUGGGAAAGCCUUCAGCCGUCACAGUUCCUUUCAGAGACAUAAAUCUAUUCAUGCUGUAGAAAACCCCUAUGAGUGUCAGCAGUAUCUAAUUCCUUUAUCCCUGUUUCCUCCAAAUACAUCAGACAACUCAUACUGGUGAAAAGCACUAUGAUUGUGAACAGUGUGUUAAAGUGUUUACCCUUAUCCACACAUGUAAGAACUGAGACGUCACGUGAUAAGCCUUAUCCACAUAAAUGAUAUGGUUUAGACUUCGAAUGCAUGAAGAAAUUCAUGCUGGGCACAGUUUCUACAAAUGUAAGCAAUGUGUAGUAAGUCCUUUGCUGGCCACUCUUCUUUCACAGAAAUAAUUCAUGCUGUGGAAAUGCCUUAUGAAUGGAAACAAUAUGCUCAGUCUUUUAUCCCUUUUUGCUUCAAACACAUGCAAGAACUUAUAGUAAAACGCUGUGAAUGUCAGCAGUGUGCUGGAGACUUCAGGAGAUGCAGGUCCCUUUGGUAACAUGAAAGACAUCUUACUGGAGGAAAAAAAACCCAUGAUAUUUAGAUGUCAUUGCUCCCAUAGAUUCCGUGAGUGAACUACUGGAAACAGUUCUGUGAGUGGAAACAAAGCUGUGACACCUUCAAGCUCACAGUUCCUUUCAAAGAUGUGUAAUGAUUGAUGGUGGGACAAAGCCUUAUACAUGUAAAGAGUAUGGUAAGUUUUUGGUUGCUGGGAGAUGGACAGACAUUUUUGUUGGUAGUGUGGCUGCCUGUAAGUUGCCUGGGCUCAGUAAGCCCCAUUAAAUUUAGUGGUUCCCCAGGCUGCACUUGGGUGGAAUCAUUUCUUUGCUUCUACCCUCGGUGCCCUAUCUGGGAUGAAUAGACACUUAUUCAACAUGUGGCCAGAAAAUGUUCACAUAACAGUUGGCGCCCAAAUGUGGGGCACAGUGGAACCAAAGAUGAGUUUGAGAGGAGCACUUGCCUUGUCUCUGCUGUGGGUGAUGAGACAUGCCACUGAAGGGAAGCUUUCUAUGGGUGGACAUCUGCGGUGUUAAUUCUGAAACGGCUGUCCUUUCCUUGUGUCACGGAACAGUGUGCCUUCUUGUUGCAGUACCAGUUGUACUGUCUGUACUGCACAACUCUUCUGUAGGAUGGAGUGGUCCACUUCUGUGACAGUGAGGUUUGCCACAAGGAACCUCCCAGCCCCCCAUACAGCUGUCAGGUGAAAGAGUGUAUUACAGUUCCUGUAAGUAGUACAUAAGGAAGAGGAUUAAAUAGGCAUCAGGUUCAUGGCCCUUUCUUUGGGUAAUAAGACAUGUAAAUAAGGCUUAGCCGUCUACUAACAUGAACUUGCCCUUCUAAUGGAGGAAUUACUUUGAGGAAAAGAUGUGCAGAUGCUGUCCACUGUAUUGGCCUCCGAAUUGGCAGGAAAACUAAGGAAGGCAUGUGGGGUGGAGCAUGGGAAUUAACGAGCUGCAGCUGUUGGCUUCCAUUUUCUUACAGCUGGUGAUGGCAUAAGGGAAACAAAUUAAAAGUUCUAUCUGCUAAGUAGUUCCUCUAGGAUCCUAAAACUUGAAGCCUACGUAAAGUCUUGAACAGUGAGGAUACUUUAUUCAAAGGGAGUGAAGUAGGAGUGAUAAUGUUCCCCUUAGGCCUGACCUUUAAUACAGAAGAGUAGGAGGUUAGUGGUACAGCAUGUGAAUGGAGGCCUAAAUAGUAGACCAGUAAAGGAGUUUGUGCUAAUCAGUAAAUAUUCUGUCUUUGGAAGGCUGUAAAGCUUGAGGAAAAGAAUAUCAGUGAAGGAAGACAUGAUGAAGUGGUGCAGCUGAAAGUCUCAGCUUUCCUUAGAGUCAUUUCCCCAGAAUAAGUUGUGUGCUCUCCUGCAGGAAAGGAUGCUUGUGUGUAACUUGUUUGUUCAGCCCAGGGACCUCUCAGCAGCCAGGGACGUCUACUGAAGAGGCAGCAGUGUGCUACAGCUUGGGCCCAGAGGCUGUCAGACCCAGGGAGUCCAUGGGGAUACAGCAGGUGAGCAUGUCUGGGUUUCCCCUUGGCCCCCUACACCAAUUUGAGAACAAGAGCCAGCUCCUUCCCCACCAAGGCUGCACUCAGGAUGAGGGUGCAGAUGGCUCAUGAAGAAUGAGUAGAUGGUUCAGGGUAGGGUACAACCUCCUAUCUACACCACUGUAUCCAAUAUUGGUUUUGAUUUGCUUUUGUUUUCUUGAGGCAAGUUCUUAGGCAGCCCGGGCUGGUCUCAAAUUUACUGUAUAGCCGAGGAUGAUCUUAGAAGUCCUGAUGUCCUACCUCCUCUUUCUAAGUACUGGGGUUGCAUGCAUGAGUCACCCCAUCUGGCUUCCUGUGCUUCGAAACAAACCCAGGCUUCAUGCAUGUAUUCUCAGCUGUGCUAUCCUCAGGUCAACACUGAGGAAACACUUAGCACAAGUGACCGAAUCUUCAUGCUAUUGGAUCUUCUUAACGUUUUAUUUAUUACCCUCUUAGCUCUUGACUCCUGAGUCCAGCUGGCACUUGUUUGAGAUGGUGGCUUGUGGGCCUUCAGUGAUCCUGAGACCCCUGUAUAAAAAGGUUUCACUUCACCGCUGACAUAAAGCUAGCCUGUGAGUGUCCACAGAGCAUCCAUGUGAGCUGAAAGAGUGAGGAUGGGAAGGGAGGUCCACAUGUGCACAGGGCAGGCACAUGAGAUUUAUGUGGGGUUUAUGGUUGGUAAGACACAGGUGAUACAAAACAAGGUGAAUGAGGGAAAACCUUUACAGCCAGUGCCUAACAUCAGGUAUUAAAAGAAUAGUUGAGGAGCUUGAAUGAAUGUGCCUCUGUGUGUGUGUGUGUGUGUGUGUGUGUAAAGAUACUUUUAGAACAUAGGCUCUUUAGAGAAGAUGCGGUGUCAGGGCAGGCUACUUCUCCAUGAGGUCUUUGCCACAGAUGCCCGGAAGUCCCCAGACAGUUAUGGCUAUUGCCAAUGCUAUUAGUUGUCCCUAGAACUAGAGUUAAGACUGUUCCUUAAGACACCAUAUGCUUUGGCUGCUGAUUGUGGAAAAAACAAGCUGACACUGGGCUGGAAGCUUCCUCCUUGCCAGCAUUCAUGGGGCCUGUAGGUGCAGGCUACUAUGCAGCACUACUUCGCUCUGGACCCUGCAUGUUACUAAAAUGGCAAGCAAGAUGUGCCUACUAGGGCAUAGCUGGUGAAGGUGCUUGCUGCCAAGUCUGGCAACUCGAGUUAGAUCUCAGAACCCAUGUGGUGGAAAGAGGCCCAAAUCCUGCAGGUUGUCUUCUGAUUUCCUCAUUCAUGCUAUGGCAUACAUCUUCCCUGCACAAUAUAGAAAUAAAUGUAAUAGGCUCUAGGACUACAAUGGCCUGACUUAAUGAGAGUGACCAACUGCUUUCUGAUUGAAUUGAAGGCUUGCUCUGCAGGGGUCAAUUCACAUCUCUAAGACCCAUCCACAACCUAUGGCUAGACAGUCAUAGGCCUUGGUGGAAACACUGUUGGUGUUUUGCUAAACAGGUAUAUUUCUGUGAAAUGACUGUCUGAAGUUCUGUGUUUAUGCCUGUAGACUAUUGCUCCAGUUAUUUUUGGAAAGAGAAGCUCCUUUUUGCUGUAGGCAGUAGUUACUGAUGAGACUUAGCACCCCUUCCCAGGCUUGGCACAUUCUAGAAAAGGGGGCACCAGAGGAAGGAAUGGCAUGUUUUGGAAUGCUGUCCUUUGAGCAUGCCAUUGCCAGUCUUGAAAUUUCAGUACCUGUGAUGACCUGCAGGAGGCCUACACCAGAUUGAGGCUCUUUGUAUUAUGCAGAGGGAUGGGCAUGGAGCCCUGGCACCUUCCAUGAUGAUUUACAGGCAGUAUAUAUUUACUACAGGGAGGGAUCAAGAGACCUUUGCCUCUCCCUGAAUAUACUUUCUUUGUUUUGAUUUUUUUGAGACAGGGUUUCUCUAUAUAGCCCUGGCUGCCCUGGAACUCUCACUAUGUAGAGCAAGCCAGCCUUGAACUCAGAGAUCUGCCUCCCAAGUGCUGAGAUUAAAGGCAUGCACCACAAUGCCCAGCGUAUCCCUGAAUAUUUUUAGGCAGUUAAUGAUACUUAGACAGGAGGGUCUCACGAGACCUCCCCCCUCCUCUGGAUAUAAAAGCAGAUAAUUGUUGCUGGUAAAGGGAGUAACCCUUUCUUCAGUGGAAUACCUACCCAUAAGUUCCUAUGUUCCUGUCAGUGACCCUUCACCUGUGCGCCUGUAUUAACCUAAUUAAAAUAAUUGCUUCAUCAA